AACGAUCCAGCAACGACCCGACGGCAUCGCGGCUGAUCGCGAGGAUCAGGGUGACACAAAAAAACACGGACGUGCGUCAUCGUUCCUUUCUGAGAACUAGACGCCGGGCUCGGUCGAGCGUGCGAUUCGACCACACGAUCGAAGGAUGCUGGCCCGCUGCCUAAUUUUCGCAGGUGCAGCUGCUGUAGUAACGUCCGCGGGCGGGCACGGCUUUGACGCGCACCUACGCGGCCCCAGCUUCGUGCUGGAACCGCCAUCGAGGAUUGAAUUCUCGAAUUCUAGCGGCGCCUGGUUGGACUGCACGGCCUCCGGAAGUCCGCCGCCCAACAUCGAUUGGUCUACCGCGGAUGGACAUCCGGUGAACGAUGUAUCAGGAGUGCGGAGGGUACUCAGAAACGGCACCCUGGUGCUCCUGCCGUUUCCGGCAGCGGCCUACCGGCAAGAUGUUCAUAGCGCUGCGUACAGAUGCGUGGCGAGCAACACCGUCGGGAGAGUGCUCAGUCGUGACGUACAAGUCAGAGCAGUGGUGGCUCAAGCAUACAAAGUCGACGUGGAGGUGACAGGGGGUGCAUCGAGGGGAUGCACCGCGAUAUUACGCUGCAUCAUACCCAGCUACGUCAAAGAUUUGGUGCGCGUUGUAUCCUGGCUGCACGAGCCUUCAUCCUACAUAUAUCCCUCACUACAAGGAGAUGGCAAGUUCCACCUGCUUCCCACGGGAGAGCUUCUGGUACACAGCCUAGAGUUCAGCGACCAGCUGAACGGCUACAGAUGCCGCACGAUGCACCGUCUCACGAGACAAGUGGUCGUUAGUUCUAUGGCCAACAUUAGAAUAGCAGAUCACAGAGGCGUAAUGCCUCCCGUGAUACUCGAAAACUCCGGCGUCGUUCAUGUCGCCCAGGACGAAUCGACGUCGUUAGUCUGCGUGGCGCAAGCUUGUCCUUCGCCUGAAUACCGGUGGUUCGCGCAAACAGGAGCGGAGCUAAUGUUGGUACUCUCCGGACCCAGAACCAGACUUCUUGGUUCUGUGCUGGCCAUCGAGGCGGUAACGUUAGAGGACAGCGGUGUGUACCGUUGCACCGCUUCUAACCCUGGUGGCGAAACGAGCGCUGAUAUCAGGUUAAUCGUGACAGCGCCUCUUCACGUGGAAGUGACGCCCCCGUUGCUCAGCGUUCACUUGGGAGGUAAUGCCGAGUUCAGAUGUGAAGUUGGAACGCAUCCGCAGGCCGGACCGCACUUUAUCACAUGGUAUAAGGAUGGCCGGCAACUUCCAGGGACAGGAAGACAAUCGGAAUUAUUGAAGCUCAACGGAAUCGGAAGGGAGGAUCGCGGCAUGUAUCAGUGCAUUGUGAGAAGGUCGGAAGGGGAUACAGCUCAAGCAUCGGCGGAACUUCAACUAGGCGACGCGCCGCCCGUGCUUCUGUACUCGUUCAUCGAGCAAACUCUCCAGCCAGGACCCGCCGUGUCCUUAAAAUGUUCCGCCGCAGGAAAUCCUACACCUCAGGUAUCAUGGGCGUUGGACGGUUUUCCCUUACCGACUAAUGGAAGGUUCGUCAUUGGUCAAUACGUAACGGUGCACGGUGACGUCAUAUCCCACGUCAAUAUAAGCCAUGUCAUGGUGGAGGACGGAGGUGAAUAUUCCUGCACUGCCGAAAAUCGCGCGGGAAAGGUGACACAUGCUGCACGAUUGAAUGUUUAUGGGCUUCCCUACAUACGCCUGAUUCCGAAAGUGACCGCCGUUGCCGGGGAGACUCUCCGUUUAAAGUGCCCGGUGGCUGGAUAUCCGAUCGAAGAGAUCAAGUGGGAGAGAGCCAAUCGCGAACUACUGGACGAUCUGCGUCAGAAGGUGCUUCCGGAUGGUACUCUGAUGAUCAGCAGCGUACAGAAGAAGGGCGAUGCCGGGGUGUACACUUGCUGGGCGAGGAACAAGCAAGGUCACAGCGCCAGGAGAUCCGGAGAUGUCGCAGUGAUCGUUCCCCCCAAAAUUAGCCCGUUCACGGCAGAUCGCGACCUGCACCUCGGCGAACGCACCACCCUGACAUGUUCGGUGACCAGAGGCGAUCUGCCGCUGUCCAUCACUUGGCUCAAGGAUGGACGCUCAAUGGGGCCGUCGGAGCGUGUCACUGUCACCAAUAUGGACCAGUACAAUAGCAUACUGAUGAUUGAAAGUUUAUCUCCAGAUCACAACGGCAACUACUCGUGCGUGGCCCGUAACGUGGCCGCAGAGGUAUCGCACACGCAGCGGCUUGUGGUUCAUGUGCCGCCCAGAUGGAUCGUCGAGCCAACUGACGUGAGCGUCGAGAGGAAUCGCCACGUCGCGCUGCACUGCCAGGCGCAGGGCGUCCCGACGCCGAUGAUCGUAUGGAAAAAAGCCACCGGAAGCAAAGCCGGUGAUUACGAGGAGUUGCGUGAAAGAACAUAUACCAAGAUUCUCAGUAACGGUACUCUGUUGCUGCAGCACGUGAAAGAAGAUCGGGAGGGCUUCUACCUGUGUCACGCGAGUAAUGGCAUAGGAAGCGGAUUAGGCAAAGUCGUGCAACUAAAGGUCAAUUCAUCCCCGUAUUUUGCGGCGCCGUCGCGACUUGUUACCGUAAAGAAAGGGGAUACAGCGACGUUACACUGCGAAGUACACGGGGAUAAGCCGGUUACUGUUACCUGGCUGAAAGGCGGUAAAAGCGAGCUGAAUCCCUCAACGAAUUACCGCGUCGCGGUGAAACAGGAAGUAACGCCAGACGGUGUCAUCGCGCAACUGCAAAUCUCAUCGGCGGAAGCCGUCGACAGCGGUGCGUACUUUUGCCAAGCGAACAAUCUUUACGGUCGUGAUCAGCAGCUGGUGCAACUCCUCGUUCAAGAGCCACCCCAACCACCGAGCGCCCUAGAAACUGCCAUGGUGGCGAGUCGCAGCAUUAACGUUAAGUGGCAACAUAAGUCACAGGACACCAGCGAGGUCAACAAGUACAUUGUCCAAUACAAAGAGGGCGAAGGUGGAAUGUGGCAGCAACAAGAGUACGCCGGACCACCCUUGGUAUACGCGGCAUUGAUCGAUAAAUUAAAACCCGCCACGAGAUACACCAUACGUGUAAUAGCGGAAGGUCCAGCGGGCCGAUCUGUUCCCUCGGCGGAGCUCAUCAUUAGAACCGAACCGCAGAAACCAGCUGGUCCGCCGAUGAACAUCGCGGCUAGGCCUCUCUCCUCAUCCGAAAUUCUCGUCACUUGGUCACCACCACUACCGGAACUUCGUCAUGGUGACAUACAAGGUUUCAACGUCGGCUAUAAAGAAACAAGCUCGAAUAAUCCAGCGUACAACUUCAGCUCUGUCUCAGGUGAUGGAGAAGAAGGCGGUGGAGAACUUCGACUUACAGGUCUCAGGCCGUACACCAGAUACACCCUCGUUGUUAGAGCUUACAAUCAGGUUGGACCAGGACCUCUAUGCGAACCGUUGAUCACGCAGACCUUGGAAGACGUACCCAGUAUGCCACCGGAUGAUGUGAGAUGUGCUGCACUCACGUCACAGUCUUUGCAAGUAUCCUGGCAACCCCCGCCUAAUUCACACAGCAAUGGCAUUAUCCAAGGUUACAAAUUGAAUUAUGAACCGAUUUUGGCAGACGCGUGGCGAGGGGUGGACGAAAUGGAGGUCCGUAAAACGAGCGCUCUGACAACAGUUUUAACUGGACUCAGACGAUACACUAAUUACACUAUCCAAGUUUUGGCUUAUACCAGAAUUGGCGACGGUGUGCCCUCUGCAACGAUUUAUUGCCAGACGGAGGAAGACGUACCGGGCAGUCCGGCUGAUAUCAAGGUCGUCGUAAGUUCGCCGCAAGCUCUCUUCAUCUCAUGGCUACCACCACUCGAACCAAAUGGAAUUAUUACGAAAUACAAUCUUUAUACAAGAGUCGUCGACGGACGAGAGGAGCUCAAUCAUGGCAAGAAGACGUUACCGGCGACGAGCACAUUUUUCGAGGCGACCGACCUGCAACAACACGUCGAAUAUCAAUUCUGGGUGACUGGUAGCACCCGGAUGGGCGAAGGUCAGAGUUCGAGGGUAACGGCGCAAGUGCCGACAAAUCGAGUGCCAGCCAGGAUCACGUCCUUCGGCGGGCAUGUGGUGCGUCCGUGGCGUGGUUCAGCGACACUGGCGUGCAACGCGGUCGGAGAUCCGACGAGAGACUGGUACAAGGGUACCACGGAACAGAUACGCACCGAUCCCACCAGAAACGUGCAGAUCUUGGCAAACGGGGAACUCGUAUUAUCAAAUCUGCAGUCGCAAGACAGCGGGAAUUAUACCUGUCAAGUGGAGAACUCCCAAGGCAGCGAUAAACUGCAUUACACUCUCACGGUGCAAGUUCCGCCCAGUGCUCCUGUAUUGUACGUAACCAGCUCUACGUCGAGCAGCGUGUUAUUGCAUUGGAAAUCCGAGCAUAACGGUGGUGCGCCUUUGACGGGCUAUACACUGUAUUAUCGAACUACUCAUGGUACCCUUGAUGAGUUACAGUUAUCUCGCCACGCUACUAGCCAUGAACUAAAGGGGCUUCUGUGCGGCAAUACGUAUCAGUUGUAUCUAACGUCGCACAAUAAAAUCGGCAGCAGUCCAUCGUCUCCGGUGCUCUCAGUUCGAACUCAGGGACAAGCUCCGGGAAUCCCGCCGGCGGCUGCCUUUCUCAGUCCGAAUUCCACUACUCUGGUGCUACGAUUGCACGUCUGGCCCGAUAACGGUUGCCCCAUAAAGUAUUUUGUCAUUCAGUAUAGGCCGAUAAACGAGUUUCACUGGACCCUGGUAUCGAAUAACGUUAAAAUGCAACGGCGAUUCGUCGUGACAAAUCUAACACCCAGCUCAGUCUAUCAGCUUAAAGUCGAGGCCCAUAACGUGGCCGGCAGCAAUCAAGCAGAGUUCACCUUUGUAACCUUGACGAAAGAGGGUGAAAUACCGCCGCCAGGAUUGUCGAAACGUGGGAUGACAUCGACCAUGCCGUUUUAUGCGGAUGUUAAAGUAAUGCUGCCGUUGAUCGUGGCUACUGUUGCAUUAGUCGCCGCAACGAUAAUCGUUGCCUUUCGCUGGAAAAACAGAUACUUGGGGGGUCAAAUGCAACGGCCGAUGAAGGAGUCACAAGAGAAUCAACAAAACGCAGAGACGCAACGAGAGCGUUAUUAUGCCACGAUACAUAAAGUGGCUUUGCAACAAGCGGCGAAUACGGGUGCAGGGCCCGACAAGAUUCCAGGUGAACCUUUGUUACGAUAUGGACAACCACCAGAGACAGCGGAGGACAUUUCGCCGUACGCUACGUUCCAGCUUUCGGAGGGUGGCGGGGGAAGCCUGGCAGGGUUGGGCGCAUUGGGCGGUCUGGGAGGCGCGGCGGAGGCCACGGCGGCCGGUCUUCACCCGAACAACACUCUUCUACACAGCUUCAUGUAUCACGAGCACGCCAUGACCGAAGGGUGCGCGAGUCCUCCACCGGCGGCGACGAGCAUGAAGAGUGUCUCGUCGAGAAGGCGACAGCAGAGAAAGCAACAAACCCCAGGCGAUGUCGAGAGCGACGAGAGCGAAUCUGACCCGGAUCAACUGAUAAGCUCGCGCACGGAGUCGUCGAAUCAGCUGGACGCUGGAAAAUUAAAACAUAUUCGCGCAGUUUCGGACUUUAUCUAUCACGGCACGUCGAGCACGUCUUCGGACAUUUCUCCCAUGUCAGAACAGAAGUCACUGCCACGGAGAGGGCGAUCAAGAUGGCAUGUUCCCAGCAGGAGCUCCCUACGUACUCUACUGCCACCGAUCUCGGUCGCGGAGACCGCAUUCGUCGGCAAUCAGGGGGCGGUUGUACCAACCCCGGGGAACGGGGAUCGGCCGGAGCUCAGCGAGGCCGAGUGCGACAUCGACUCCCUGAAGAAGCUAAAACUGGGCCUGCGGAGUUCCCUGUGGUCACGUCCGAGCACUCAGAAUAAUCCCUCCUCGGAUUACUCCAUUGCCGUCUAAUUUGUUUUCCCGGGUAUCGCAACCCCCACGGUAGCUCCCCUUUUCUCUUAAUCCCGUGGGCCAAAGAUUAGGUAAAUUGAUCUCUUCCCUUUGUGUCUCGUCGAGAAUUCCUUCGUGGCCAUUCGUAGGGCCACUCGACUGCCACGUCUUCUGACGAUAGAAAUAAAUUACGUUCUAUUCGUUAACGACGAUCGAGGGAGAGGUGUGCAUAAAUAAAAUGGCGGAAAAAAAUCGAGGCAACGAAGAUGGACGAGUAUAGAAGAACGUAUGUGUGUGUGUGUGUGUGUGUGUGUGUGUGUGUGUGUGUGUGUGUGUGUGUAACAAGUCGAAAGGGAGAAAAUCAUUUCUUGCCACGUGAAAAAUCUUAAACGUUUAAACCUUUAAAACUACGCUAUCGCAUUAUAGAUCAGAUAUAAAGAAAUUUUUUUGUACUCCAAACGCAUUAGCUUAAUGUACUUGUUGCUACAUGAUGGGGCGCGUUACUAUAAAAUUGUUCUUCUAUGAACGUGUUUCUUCGUUAAUCGAGCCGAGAGAGAUAGUCGAAAGUAUCUAUAAGUACGUGCGUCUCCUCUUCCUUGUCUGUGACGUGACGCGAGAUAAUACACGUGAAAUGCGUGAAGUGAGUGAGUCCAAGUCCGAGUGCGUGGAUGAUCGUCGAAUCGCGUGUACGAAUGCGUGCCAAAACGACAAUUUGCUCAGACCGCUGCGAGUCGUUUCGCCGGCGGACGAUCCAUUUGAGACCAAAGACUUAAUCGUACGAACAGAGCACGGGAGAGUAUUUCGUGUAUCAUGAACAAGAGAGACGGCACCGGCUACAUCUGCUUCUAUCUGAAAGGUUUCUUUCCAUUCAAUCAAUUCUACGCUUUGUAAUCUCUUAAAUCUCUUGAAUCAUUUCUGUUUUAUAG